UUUUGUGAUAAAUUAUUUCUCAAGUGAAUUAAAUUAUUAACCAUGGGACGUGAUUCUAGAAAGGUUUCAAGAGAACUUCGGAGUUCUGAAAAAAUUAAUAAGUCGCGUUCAGUCAAAAGAAAGAAUGUUUUUAAUCCGAAAACAGCCGAACGUGAUGAAAGUAUUCAGAGUACAUCUUCUAAAAAAUUAAAACAAAACACUGAAGAUGAUGUACCUGAAGACAGCAGUACUGAAUUUCGAAUAAUAAAUUUUAUUCAGGUAUUCACUGCAAUUUCUGCUCUUAUAAAAUGUAAAAAAUGUGAUGGAAAUGUAGUGUUUCAAACAGCAAGUACACGUGGGCUGGGAUUCAAAAUUGUAGUUGCAUGUAAUAACUGUGGAAAUGAAUAUAUUCCUUCCUGUUCUUUCGUUGGGCAUUCUUAUGAAAUAAACAGACGUUUCAUUUUUGUAAUGAGAAUACUAGGAAUAGGAUACGAAGGAUUGUGCAAGUUUUGCGGCCUGAUGGACAUGCCGUCUUUUUUAGAUAAAUCUACGCAUACAAUUUUACUGAAACAGAUUUUGAAUUGUAGUAAAGCCGUCGCAGAAACCUUCAUGACGAAAGCUGUGAAUGAAGAAAAGCAAGCAAUGCCAACAACUGAAAAUGAAGAUAUAAAUCAUCUAACUGUAUCGGGAGAUGGAACCUGGCAAAAACGGGGAUAUACAUCGUCAUUUGGAGUUUCUUCUAUAAUUGGCUAUUUUACUGGAAAGAUUCUUGACAUAAACAUUAAAAGUGCAUAUUGUAAGCUAUGUGAGUAUUGGAAAAAAAAAACAAAUACUGUUGAGUUCGAGGAAUGGUAUCAAUCGCAUGAAGAUGUGUGUUCUGCUAAUCAUCAAGGGUCUUCUGGGAAAAUGGAGGUGGAUGCGAUGGUCGAAAUGUUUUCGUAUUCUGAAACUAAAUAUGGAGUUAAGUAUGCCAACUAUAUUGGUGAUGGUGACUCCAAGACCUAUUCAGGAAUUAUAAAAUCAGAUCCUUACGAAAAUACAACUGUAAAUAAAAAGGAAUGUAUAGGGCAUGUCCAAAAGCGGAUGGGGAGUCGAUUACGUACGCUGAAGAGUAAACAAAAAGGUCUUGGUGGUCGAGGUAAGCUCACAGGAAAAUUAAUAGACAAACUAACUGUGUACUAUGGUUUAGCAAUACGCCGGCAUUGUGAUUCUAUUGAAAAUAUGAAAUCUGCUAUAAUGGCAACCUUUUAUCACUACGGCUCGAGUGAUGAAAAACCGAAUCAUGAUAUGUGUCCAAAAGGCGAAGAAUCUUGGUGCUCUUACCAGCGCGCUGAAGCAAGAGGAGAGCUUGAUACCUUUUCUCACGAUUAUUCUCCUUUACCUUCUGAUGUUUUAAAAGCUAUCAAGCCUAUAUACGAAGAUCUUAGUAAUGAAAAUUUACUUUCAAGAUGUGUAGGUGGAUUCAAUCAGAAUAAUAAUGAAAGCUUUAACCAACUAGUAUGGAAAAUAUGCCCAAAAACGGUAAAUACUAGUUUUACCAUCGUACAAAUAGCUGCAUACGUUGCUAUGUGUAUAUUUAAUGAGGGUAUAAAUUCAUUAUUAGUCUUGAUGAAUACACUAGGACUUAAUUGUGGGCCUAAUUCUCAUCGGUAUGCAGAAAGAAUGGAUGCUGCACGUAUCAAAGUAGCAGAUAAGCGCGCUAAUGAUAACACCCGAGAAGGUCGAUUGCAACGUAGGCACCAGCAAAUCGAUAUUUUGGAAGCUGCUAUGUCGGCUGAAGAGCUAUUAUAUGGUCCAGGAAUAGAUGACUCAGUAUGAAUCUCCAAGGACUUAUGAUGAUCACCGCAAAGGACUUCGGGAGGAACGGGCUCUACAAAAACAGCGAUAACUUUUUGAAUUAUUAAUUUUUUUUUUUGAAAUUUUCGUGAAGUCAAAUCGAAACGUGUUCUAAUAAAGCUAUGUUUUUAUUUUUGUCAAAUAAAGUAAUUAACUACAAAAAAAAAAUUAUUGAAAAUCAUCAUUUUUUCAUACCCCUGAG